AUUAUAUCUCUUUAAUCAGCCAUCUGUAUUUUAUUUUGUCAGAAUUGUGAAUAAGUGUGUAAGUUGAAUUUUGAAUAAAAUUGAAUUACUAUGCUGAAAUAAGCUGUGGGGAAAGUUGUGCUUUAUUCCACAUCUUCAAAAUUGUGGUGUAAAACUGAAGUCAACUUGAUUUGCUCUCCAAAAUUCACUCACUAAAUCCAACUUACAUUGGAUCUAGACACAGGGGCAGGAGUGUUUGGUCCUGGAUUCCAAUGUUCAGAACCCAUGGGAAAAGUACACCAGUAUCUUCCAGGAUGAAGUCCAUGCAAUUGAAACAUGUACUCAAUUCAACCUGAACAAAGGGUAAAAACAAGAACACAGUGUCAUGCCAGGCAGUCAGCAGAGCAUCAUUGGCUCAAAGAUGGUGCUGAAUUGCAAAAUAAAAUAAAAUAAAUUGGGUAUUCAAAAUAAAAUUACUCUCUGUAGGACCCCAGGACAUUUAGGAAAAAUAAAGGGAAACAAGAGAGAGCGUACACCCUUGCAAGGAAAGGAGCCAACUACCCUUCUGUACCAAAGGAAUCUACCUAUCAAUGAGUAUCUUAUAAAAAAACAAUAUGAAAAAGAAGAAACAGUGGAAUUUACUCAUUGUACACAAACAUAUCACGAACCUUCUAGCGAGUUUUGACAGGAAAAAGCAACAUAAUGUAUUAAAGGAAGCAGGAAACAACUUCAAAUCCUAACAGGAUACAGAGGGCUAAUUGGGCAUUUUAGGAAUAUUGAUAUAAUUCAACACGAUAUUUCUGGCGUUACUGACUGAGAAGGAUUUAUUGGAUCGCAUCUCCAUCUGCGAUUCCCUCCUAAAACGCAGUGUAAACGAAUCAUUUUUAAAAAGAUUGAUAGCUGAGGAUGAAAAUUGCAUCCUUUACAACAAUGUGCAGAAAGGAAGACCUGGGGAAAACGCAGCGAUCUACUGUUAACAACUCAAAAGCCGGAUUACAUCUCAAGAAGUCGGAAUAUGGUACAGCGGCUUGGAGGCAGGUGGUGGCACGCGUCGGGUGUCCGUCAAAUUUCAACACCCUCCAGAUAUACGACGAUAGGCUAAUCCAAGAUUUGGCUGCGGCAGCAUCAGAGUUGCUAAACCCGUGCAAAAGCUCAAACGAAUUCAUGACAUAUUUCGGUCGUUGCUUUGUCCGUUUCUUCACCAAUUUUGGAUACCAAACAGUGGUACGUGCGACUGGAAGGUAUUUCACCGAGUUUCUACAGAACGUGGACAACAUUCAUUUGGAGAUGCGAUUCACAUACCGUAAAAUGAACUCUCCUUCUAUGUACAUCACGGAAACGGAUAAAGACGGCGCAGUUUUAGUCUACCGCAGUUCACGUGCUGGUUUCAAACACUACUUCUUAGGCCAACUGCAAGAGAUCGCCGAGAGCCUUUACGGGAUCGAAUUGAAAAUAAACGUCCUGGAAGAAUUGACGUCGACUUGCGGCUUUAAGAAUAUUACGAUCAAGUUGAGGCUCGACUACGAUAAUAAGCCUUAUAUCGGUGCCGUACAGGCGUCUGUCAUCGGGCCCAGGCUUCCUCCGGUCUCGUCCAAAGUUCUAGUGGAUCUUUUCCCCUUUACAGUUGUAUUCGGGAGAAGCAUGAGGGUGCUCCUUGCCGGGCAUAAACUCCUAUCUUUAUUCCCAGGAAUUCAGGUUCACCAUAAACCCGUGACUAAUUUUCUGAAAGUAAGACGGCCUAGGGGAAUCCCUUUCACAUGGGAAAACAUAACUUGCUUUCAAACAGUCAUGUUUGAAGUGGAGGUAAUUAUGCCGGAAGAGCAAGCGAGGACGGGAGUGAGGAAAAGACCGACUAAAAACAUCCUACUCAAAGGGCAGAUGAAACACAUUGAAUCUAUCUCGGCAAUUAUAUUUCUCUGCAGCCCCGUGGUGAUUAACUUGGACGAUUUACAAAGCAUGUCUUUGUAUUUGGACGAUUUGAACAUGCACGGUUUGGGGAGGGAAUUAGUUCUGAGGGGAUGGUCCAACUGUUCUAGGUUGGAGCAGACGUGCGAGGAGGUCGAGGAUCUUUGUAAAGAGCUCGAAAUGAACCAUAAGCUUUUAGAAGAGUGGAAGGAAAAAGGGGACAACUUGCUAUAUUCCAUGAUACCUCGUAAAAUAGCCGACCAGCUUCGAGCCGGCGCAUCGCCACUUUCGACAUGCAAGAGUUUCGAAUCCGUGACCGUUAUGUUUGCCGAGCUAUGCGGCCUGAAAUCAGCAGUGACCGUUUCCGACGUGAUGACUGUCGUGAAUAUCAUGAACGCCUUGUUCUCUUGUUUCGAUACAAUUAUCGACGAAUUCUCAGUUUACAAGGUCGAGACGAUCGGUGAGGUUUACAUGGCGGUUGCCGGAGCGCCCGAAGAGAGCUCGGAUCACGCCGACGAGGUGGGAAAACUGUGUUUGAAGAUCAUCGAGAAAAGCGGUGAAGUCGAUGUCCCACUGCCCGUCUCAGUUAGAAUCGGUCUGCACACUGGUCCGGUCGUAGGAGGAGUGGUCGGCACAAAAUUGCCACGAUACUGUUUAUUCGGCGACACCGUCAACACGGCUGCGCGCAUGCAAACAAACAGCGAGCCCGGAAAGAUACACAUUUCAACAACAACCAAAGACUGCCUGGACAAUGAAAAAUUCAUAAUAAAAUCCCGAGGUGAAAUAAUAGUAAAGGGAAAAGGAGUGAUGGAGACUCACUGGCUGUUGGGGCUUGCAAAACAGGAUUAAUAUGUUGUACAAACAUACCAGUAGUUGUAACAGUAUUUAUUUAGCUUAAAACUCCACUAUAGAAAAAUAAAUAAAUUAUUGGAUUUUAUGAAGAA